GAAGUCGCAAUGGUGCGAUGGAGCACUUGGAAUAGCUUAUAUGAGUAAAUGCGGCCGGCCAGCCGGAAUAUCAUUCAAUAACAAAACAGGAGAGCUCUACGUGGCCGAUGCUCCGUUGGGUCUCCAUGUCAUCCCUCGUGGUGGUGGCUACGCCAAGAAGAUCGCCGACAGUGUUGACGGCAAGCCCUUCUUGUUUCUCGAUGGUCUCGACGUUGAUCCCACUACCGGGGUCGUAUACUUCACUUCUUUCAGCUCAAAAUUUAGUCUUGGCGACGUGUUAAAAGCAGUGGCAUCAAAAUACGCUACUGGAAAACUCUUCAAAUACGACCCAUCAAAAAAGGUCGUGAGUGUAUUGCUGGAAGGUCUAAGUGGCUCAGCCGGUUGUGCCGUUAGUUCCGAUGGUUCUUUCAUGCUGGUUAGUCAGUUCACCAAGAGUAACAUCAAGAGGUAUUGGAUCAAAGGACCUAAAGCUGGUUCUUCUGAAGACUUCACUAAUGCGGUCUCGAACCCUGACAAUAUCAAGAGGAUCGGUUCUUCGGGAAACUAUUGGGUUGCUUCGGUCGUGAACACAGCUACUGGACCAACAAACCCGUCUGCGGUUAAAGUUAAUUCUGAUGGUAAAGUGCUUCAGACAAUUUCGGUGAAGGAUAAGUUUGGAGAUACUUUGGUCAGCGAAGUGAACGAAUUCGAAGGAAGGCUUUAUGUUGGAACUCUGUCUGGUCCUUUUGCCGGAAUUAUUGACCUUUAA